UGGCAACACUGAGAGAAAAGUAAAUUCUACUGAGACUUGAAAUGUGUACGAGUGAGCCUGUGUGCGUAGUGUCGUAUAUUUAAAUUGUUAUUGUUUUCAUUCUUCACUAUGGGUGAUACGGACAAUUGCAGUAUGAAAACUUAGCAAAGUACUUCUUUGACAUAAGGGUAUUUCCAAUGGUUCCACGUCCCAUUGAAGGCAGGCAGACGCCUGUUGUUGCUAUGCAACCUAUGGCUCAAGUAAUGCAGCCAGCACAAGCCAGCAAUACAAUUAGCCUUGCAAGGCUAAUUGAUUUCAUUUUACAGAGAACGUACCAUGAGUUGACUGUCCUUGCUGAAUUGCUGCCUAGGAAAACAGAUAUGGAACGGAAAAUAGAAAUUGUGCAGUUUGCAAGUCGAACGAGACAGCUUUUCAUAAGGUUGCUAGCUUUAGCAAAAUGGGCUGCUAGUGCAUCUAAAGUUGAGAAAUGUGCUGCAAUCAUGGCAUUCUUAGAUAAACAAUCCAUGCUCUUUGUGGAAAUGGCAGAUAUGUUACAUGUUAUGUCAAGAGAAACUUUAGUCAAUGCAAGACUGCCUAGUUUCCAUCUUCCUUGUGCUGUUGAAGUUUUGACACUUGGAACUUACUCUCGUUUACCUACUUGUAUUCGUGAUAAAAUUGUUCCACCUGAUCCUAUAACACCUGCAGAGAAAAGAAGCACCCUUUUACGACUGAACCAAAUUAUUCAGUACAGAUUAGUAUCAUCAGAACUACCUCCACAAAUGCGAAAUUUAAGUAUUGAAAAUGGACGUGUUACUUUUCAUGUUGAGCAUGAAUUUGAGGUAUCUUUGACUUUGAUGGGUGAUGGACCACAUGUGUCUUGGCGACUUUUAGAUAUAGAUAUAUUAGUUGAAGACAAGGAAACUGGAGAUGGGGAAGCCCUUGUUCAUUCACUUCAGGUUCAUUAUAUUCAUCAGCUGAUUCAGUCACGCCUCAUAGAUAACCCACGUCCUUUGCAUGAAUUAUAUAAUUGCCUUCAUUCAUUUUGCCAAAGUCUUCAGUUAGAAGUGCUGCAUUCUCAGGUUCUUCGCCUAUGUCGUGACCGGUUAAGAGACUGCAUUGUAGUUGAUGAGUAUUCUGCUGGUAACCGUUUAGUGAUAUCUUAUUGGAGGCUUCCUAAAUUUGAAGAAAACUUUGGUGAAAGAGAGCAUUUUCCUGGCAGAGAAACUCUGAGUUGUAAAUUAUGUGUACAGAUGGAUCCUAAUGAUCCUAGCAAACCAUUGCAAGUUACUCAUGUUCCUCAUCUGAAUCAUAAAGAUGCCCAGCUAGCAGAUCAAGCUAUUAAAUCUGAUUUUUUAUCGGUUGAAAAGCUUUUGAUACACACUGUACAUAUUCGUACAAAACACAAACUACAGGAGUUGAGUGAUAUCUUAAAGCCACUGCUUGGUCUUUCAGAAUGUACUAUAAGUGGCUCUCCUGCUGUCUUACAUAUCCCAAUUUUACAACCAUGCAUGAUUUCAGAAGAAUUAUUGAUUACUGUAAAUACCCAUAGUGGGCAUUUUCUGGCACAUGUACCACAAUUUGAACCACCAAUGAUGGAUGAUAUUCAAAACUGCUUGAAUAAAGAUCCGUCAAAAAUUGAGAAUCUUAUAUCAGAAUUAAGGUUCUGGAUAACAUUUUCGUCGUUUGUGAAAAACCAUUCAAAUCUUCCUGGCUUUUUUUACAUAAUUAAUAUCAAAACCAUUCAACAUCUUCCUGCUUUAGCAAGUGAGCAUCUACCUCUACUUAUACCACCAGACCAUGAAUUAUCAAAAUUUUCAAAGCAUAAAUUGUUCAUAAAGUUAUGCAAGCAUCAGGAAUAUUAUAUUAUUGUAAGGCUGAUGGAAAAUCCUGCAAACCGUUGUGAAAUUAUCCCUUCGUAUUAUUUAAUAACAGUUUUACCUCAGCCUUUAGAAGAUGAUACUUUGGAACAAAAAGUUGAAGCUGUUCUAGAUACAGAAUUGCCUAAGUCAUACUUAAAAAUAAUGGAUUUUGCAUCUUUGGAUAAUUUCAUAUCUACACAUGGACCAUGUACAGAAAUUGAAUAUGAACAGCAAGGUGGUAGCAAGAAAAGAAAGAUGGUUACAGUUCAAAGUGAUACAGGCAUAAAGAAAGUGAAAUAUACUGGCUUUUUCAUCUCAGAAUUAGCCCAUAUUGUUUCGAUGUGUGAUGAGCGUAUUCCAUUUUCUACAUUAUGUAGAGAGUUGAACAAGAAGGAUAUUUGCCACAAUGGUAUUCAAAUUGAAGCAUAUGGGUCAAAUUAUCAGGUUAAAAUUGUUCAAAUGCCUACUCGUGAAGGAAGUGAUAUAGAAACAUUUGCUGCAUUACAUUCAGCUCUGUUAAGUUGUACAAUACGUUUGCAGGGCAAAGGAUCUCGAACAUGGCUGGUUGAGUUUGUGUUUUGCAACUGCCCAGUGACAAGCAUGUCUUCUAAAGAGCAAGGCCCUCGCCGUCCAGUCUAUUAUAUUUAUGACUUUGCUGCAGGCACUUCAAGACAGGUAGCACAGAUGGUUGAUGACAUGCUUCAGGACUGGAAUACUAUGGGACAUUUGUACAAAAUAGUGCUUGAAUUUGCCAAUUGCCUUAAAUAUGAUCAACAUAAUAUGUUUUCUACAAUUAUGGAUAUAAAAUCAUUUACGUACAAGAAAUUGGUUCUGGGUUAUGGUCCCAACAAAGCUAGCACGGUAACUAUUUAUUGGAGGCCAUCAGAAAAACGUUUCCAUUUGUCUUUUGGAGUUGUGGGGCAGACAGCAUCAGCAAGUAACCCUCAUACAAUUGUUGCAGCUCAGUUGCAGCAUGAAUUUAAUCAACAUUAUUCCGUUAUUGCCUUGUUGCAGGUUCUUCAUGAUACAUAUUCACCUCUACUGUCCAUCAGCAAGCUUCCUUCUGCCCCAGAACUUGGGGUGAUUCAUAGCAGACCAGCUGUACCUAUACAGACAUUUGUUACAGACCCACAGACAUCUACACAUCUUCGUGUUGUUUAUAGAAAUUUAUUUUGUUUAGAUAUAGAAUGCAGACCUGAAGGACUAAUAGCUAUUCGAGAUGGUGCCUAUAGUGUUUUUGAUAAACAGAAGGCGGUUGAAGAAUUAUCUACCAUUAACAGUAUUAAGGCAUUUCUCAGCAAGUUUGUUGAUGAAACAGCUACACAGUCAAGACGGAGAUCGCAAACAGAGGAUGACAAUCCAUUAUCCCCAGUGCCGACUCUGGACAGUCUAGAUUCAGGAUUUUUAUCUACCACAAGUCAACUGACACCAGCAUCACCAGCCCAGUGUCGCAGUCAGGAGAGUGUUUCAUCUACUAGUGGGCCAGGAUCUGGUCUCAGAUUUCAUUUACCCAUGACUCCGCCAUCAGGUUCAAAUCCUCACACACCAGCAUCUCCUCAUACAUCAGUUCUUUCUCAGCAAAGCUAUGGAGCAUCACCAAAUCCAUCAUUCUCAUUAGCAUCACCUCCAUCUUUGGGGUCACAGUCACAAGCUCAACAUGUAAGUCCAUCACCAUCUAUGCUGCAUGUUCAAGCACAAUCUCCUGGGAAUCUUUUUGCUGCAAAUUCUCCAGCAAAUCCACUUCAUGUACCUUCUCCAUCUUUUCUCCCGACACCAUCACCAUCUUCAUCUACAUCACAAGUGCCCAUGCAGUCUCCUGCAGCAAGUUUCAUUAGUCAGCAAGCUCAUGGAGAUGGUGGCUCUCCUUUUGCUGCACCGGCAAGUGCAGGUAAUUUGUCGAUGUCUUCACCUGCACCUGGAACCUGGCCUGGAAGUCCAUCAGUUCCCAGACCUUCUCCAAGACCCAUAGGAACAGCACAAAGUCCUGGAAGCAGCAAUCACCCAGCCUUGCAUAGUCCACAAGCAGGAAGUUUAGCAGAUCACUCAAAGCCACCUGGUGUAUCUUCUGCUCCCUCAGCAAGAGUAUUGCAUUGUUCAUGGCAAGCAGGUAUACCAACUUUGCUGACUCACAAAUCUUUCGAUUUAUUGUGUUCACCUGGUACCAUAACUAGUACGCAACCUGGUUCUCCAGUUGUUGGACAGAAUCAAUACCAUAUAUCACCAUUGGAACGAUUCCUUGGUUGCUGCUACAUGCGUAAAAGUUUGGGACGGGUCAUACAAUCAGAAAAUUUGGUACCUAUGCAUACAACAGAAGUAGGAGUCACUAUGUUUAAAGCAGAAGCGUUGCAGUGUCGAGUCAGCCUAAAUCCUCAAACUCUCCAGUCUCUGCAUUUAAAACUUACCCCUAAUCCAGAGUACAAAGAUCAGUGGACCACAGAAGAGCUUCAAGUUAUUGAAAGAUAUUUUGAUGCAAAGGUUGUUUCAAUUCCAUACAAGCCCAAUGCACUUCUUGCUUUUGGAAGAAUUUUGAAUGCUCCUCUGAGAAUAUUCAAAGACUGCAUUCACAUAAUGCAUUUAGAAAUGGUACCUGAUCGUUCACUAAAGUGGGCAAUACAGUGGUGUUUAACAAUUCCACCUGCAGCUCCACCAAUUGCACCUCCAGGCAUGUCGGCUGUCGUUAUGGCCAAAGAUAAAAUGUUAUUCUUUGCCCAGCUAACCAGAAUUGGCCUUAACUUAGCACCUGGUGUUGAGCCACAGACUGUUGUGUUUGCAGCUGUUCAUGACAUCAAAGUCAAUACAACCAUAGUACCUGACAAUCGUCGAGAUACUAUGCCCAUAUCUGCCACAGAUCCUGUAUAUAUUAUUACUACUAUGUUAAAAAGAUUUGCUGAGUAUAAUCCAAAUCUAAGUGAAUGUAGUAUAUACCCAGCAAUCAGAGAACUGUUAACAAACUUAGUAAUACCUAUUUAAAAAAGGACUGAAUGCAGUUUACUAAUGGUAUCUACAGAUUUAUUACUUUAUGCAGAGAAACCCUGCUUUUUUAUGCUAUUCAGAUUUUAAUAACAAUACUAUGUACACAGCCUAUAAUGUAAAAUAAAAUGUGUAGAUUUGUUUUUAA